GGAUUCUAGUCAUCAUCCACAUAAUAUGAAGGGAACGAUUGCGACUCUGUGUUCACUUGUGCUCUUCGCGUGUCUAUGUCAAUAUGCUACAUUUAGUGAAGUGCCUCUUCGACAACAAAUGACCGGUGAAGUAGUGGAUCAAACGAAACAACAGCCGGAAGAAUCAGAAGAGGUUUCAAACGGUUCUGAGGACUCCGAGUCUAGGCUAAAAAUAAUCCAUAAUGCUGAAAUUGGGCUGGCAAUGGUGGACGCACUAUUCACCAUCCAGGAACUGAUUGAAGAUCGUGUCUUACCUCAACCGAAGACAGAGGAAGACAUUUUGGAAAUCGUCAAGCGACUGUUGGAAAAGCUCAUGCGUCCCAACGACGAAAGUCAGUACAAGAAAGUAGAGGAUGUCAUUUCCCGGGCCCUGUUCGAUGUGGAGAUGUCAGGCGGCCGGACAAACGGCGGUGAUUCAGAGUUUCAAAAAUUGAUGUGGCUUGAACGGGCGCGACAUUUAAACGGCGAGAUUAUUCUACUGAUGGAAGGCUUGCUCGGCGAAUCAGUGGCUGGCGCUGAUUUAAUGGAUAAUAUCAAAGAAAAUCUUAAAUGCAAUGUCACACAGAUUUCUGAAAAAAUGAACCGAUACGGCAAUCUGAUCAAGACCGGGCUGAUGGCCUUCAAUUACUUCGCCAUACUUGGACAGAUGCCAAUCGUGGAAAUGAAUCGUAGGAAGGCAGCUUUCCAGCAACGCAAUGGCAAAGUGGCGGCCCGGAAUGCAGAGCUUUCCGAGGAGUGUUUCAAGUUUCACACGAAAUCCAAAGCGAAACAACAAAAUGGACCAAAUAACCGAACAAGUGGGAAACGUUUCCUCGAUCCACCCCGUUCUCAUGCAAAACACCAUGGAUAGUUGCCUUCUAUACCUAUAGCGUCUACGACACAGCAGACGGAUGACAAAGAAUUCCCCCCUUUAAUUUCAAACCCACCUAAACCCACAAAAUCAAAAUGUUUUGAAAAGCGCAAUAAACAAUUGAUGCAUCGUC